AAUCCAACAUUUAACGAGGGCUGAACCGAGCCAGCCAAUCAGCUCUGGCUCUCCACCAACUGACGCAGCUGGCUGACCAAUAGCAUCCCGGAUGUGUGUGAGGUGGGCGGGGCCUGAGUCCUGGAGCGGUGGCGUUCAGAAGCGAGCGCUCAGAGAGAGAGAGAGAGAGAGAGGAGAGACAGCGCUCCAUCCGUCGCUCUGAUCCUGCUGCGCGACUCUCUCACUGCAGCUCUGCAUGCCAGUGUGUGUGUGUGAGCGUGUGUGUGUGUGAGCGUGCGCAUGUGUGUGUGUGUGUGUUCAUGUAUGCCAGCAGCAGCUGCAUCGCUCCUUCAUCCUCUUCAUCUUCAUCCUGCGUUAAGAGUGAUUUCUCGGCGUCGGCGCACGAUCCAGCUCAUCUGUUGCCGUGGUGAUGGGCUGUCGACUGUCAGGGCCGUGGAUGGGCGACGGGAUGGGGGUUCACGGUCGGGAUUUGACUCACCUGCAGAAACGAGAGGCCUUCCGUAUACUGGCUAGCUAUGAGCAGCCAAUCACGCUUCAGAUUGAGGGCCGGGGGCGGAGCCUGCAGUAUAACCAGACGACGGAUUGCAGCACGCAGACGGAGCGGCCGUGGGAUCCACUACGCCCGCACUCCUGCACGCUGCCACGCCUGCCGCCCGCAGACAGGCCGUACUACAACCACAUGACCCUUCCCGCACACCGUAGAGAGGGAAGCAGGUACGAAUACCUGCCCAACACACCCCGAGAUCUGGAGCUCAGAGAACGCCUGGCCUACCACGAUCCAGAGUUUUCCAGUGGCGUUUCUCAGGGCCAGAACUGUCUGAUCGGCUGCUGUAACUCCAGCCUGGAGGAGCCCAGGAGUUUCCAGAGUCAGACGGAUGAUGAAGACUACAUGAUGGAGAAGCCGCUGGGUUAUCUGCCUCUUCACCAUGAGCUGGACAGCGGGCUGGGCUGGACGGACGGCAGUUUCCAGCAGGGGGAGCUGUCGGGUGUGGAGACGGAGGAGGGCCUGGAGGAGUGUCCCGCACACAGGGGAUCUCCAUCAUCAGAGUCCUUCAUAUCCUCAGAGCUCAGCGACUCCGGCUUUUACAGCGUCAGCACAGGCGAGUUCCUCCGCUUCCAGCGCCUCCUAGAGAAACGCAUGCGCCAUUACAACGCUCGCAUGCACCACCAGGGGGAGCCGUGCUCCCGUGAACGCCGAGACAGCCAGAUUAAACACCCCCUGGAGGCCAUACCAGAAGCGCUGACCGUCCAGCCUCAAAAUAUCUGCGUGCCUGUCCCAGGAUCUCGAGGUCUAUCCCGAGUAUCGUCCGUCCAGUACAGGAAAGCGGAACGGCCAUGUUUGAACAGGCACAGCUCCAGCAGCGGCUCGCUCUUCAGUCCUGCAGUGCACUCCGCCUGCAGUACACCCUCCGGCCAGCAGAGGCCGCUGCCUCCACACCCUAACUCUGCAGGAAUGCUCAGGAGGAGCCGGACGCUGCACCACCGCCCCGCACCCAUGGAGUACCGCCGACGGGCCAGCCACCCGGCCUCACCCAACUACUGCAGCUCUACCCUGCACCCCUGCGCUCCUGCAGCCGUAAACCUCCCUGAGGAGACAGAUUUAGCGCUAAUGCACAGCCACCCGAGUUUGCACCCCACUGCGCUAUGUACACAUGCUAAUCAUGCAAUGAGCCAACCGUCCCUGAUCUCGCCAGUCGAGGAGCGCCGCUACAUGCCUCCAGAAUUAGCGCAGGAAAUCAGCAGGAUUCGAGCAUCCACUGAACCCCAGCUGCACAACAUUAGCUUUGUGACCGAGCAGCCGGCUAGCCGGCAAAGAGACGGGCGUUUCCACACGCUAAGUCACACACCUAGUCAGGAUGCUAACGAUACUUGGCCAAAACCAGCCAAUCGUGUUGGCACAAGUGGAGGAGGGGGUCUGUAUAGCACCCUGGAGGGCCACAUGCCCACCGAGGCCUCCAGGAAAGCACCUAGUGGGAACUUGCGAGCCAUGCGGAACCAGAUGCUUCGAGAUCGAGCAUCGCGACUAGCAGAUGAGCGUAGCGGGAUGAGCACGGAUGAGGAGAGUCACAGCGACGUCCGCAUGGGCCGCUACUGGAGCCGCACCGAGCGCCGUGAACACAUGCUGCAGAAACAGCGCCAACAGCAGGCCAGGGGCGGAAACAGCCUGGUGGCGACUGGAUUGGUGCACGGUGGCAGUAUGGUAGCUAACGCAGAGCGCUGUAGCACUGUUCUAGAGCUCAGCCAGAGAAAGCUCAGUCGCCUGAGGAAUCAGAAGCUGCUGGACGACUGGACCACCGUAGAGGAGCUGCUGACCCACGGCACACGCAUGGCCGGAGCCGAAGAUGCCCUGCAGCUGCCCACGUCACUGCUCACCGUCACAACUGUAUAGCGACGCCCACUGAGUGUGUGUGUGUGUGUGUGAGAGUGUGUGUGUGUGUAUGUUUGUGUGUGUUGGACCGCCCGCACUACACAAAGCUACCUCCUGACAUUGAGGUUUACUGUAGAUACAGACGUUUCCGUAGUAAAUUGAUUUUUAAAUGUUAUAUUUGCAGUAUCUUGUUUUUGCAUUGUGUUGUAAAGAGAUGUUUCAAUAUGGAGCGACACCACCGCAGUUCGAAUCGACCGCAUGAAGCAAUACAACAUAGACACCGACGUUCCAGAUGAAGGCGAAUUUCCUUUUGGUGCCAAGAAAAGUUUACGUUGUGGAUCACUUUAAGGUUGGUGCUAACCGCGAGAUCUCAUUCACUUCAGACGAUUUAGCUAACGAAUAUCAUACGGAUUACGUCACACUUUUUUGCACAAAAUUUUUAAAAAUUCCCUCUCCGACCGUCUUCCGCUAGCUGGGUGAAUCUGAAUUGGUGGCGUUAGCAGCACAGCCCCACCCCCUUUUAAUCAAUGAAUCUGAUUCUCUGGGAAUACUAUUGGAUAAUCUAACGACGGAUCAAUAUAUAUAUAUAUAUAUACGCAGUGUGAUUGGGUGUGCAGGGUUACGCUGGAGAUCAGGCAGCGGAAACGUGAGCGUGUGUUGUGAAGCGUGCGGGUUCUUGCACUAUUACUGUAGUUCUGUAGAGUAUUUUUAAAGCUAUUUUUCUUGUGCUCUUCACAAUUGAUGUCACGAAAAAGAAACAAAGAACUUUUAUAAAGACUCAAACAAGUGGCGUUAACAGAAGUACAACAAUUCGGGGAGAAAGACGGAGAAGCACUGAACUGUGUUGUGCAAAAGUAUCUGAUAUUUUUAGCGCACCUUUUUGCAAACAAGCGGGGUUCAACUUUAGAUUUGGGAAUCGUGAAACACAAGCAGAAUAGAUUCUUCUCAAAUUGCGGUAGAUGUGCACAAAUUAAAGCAUGGGAUGCCUGAAUGAUUUACAUGGAUUGGCUCUGCCUGUGUUUCAUGAAUGAGACCUAAUUAUUUUCCAGAGUAGAAGAUGGAGUAUGUAUUUUCGGAGUCACCUGUGUCAGCGUGGGAUGUUUGCGGAUCUUUAUUUUGAGCAGAAAAUCAGGAUUUUUCCCACCUGCACUAUUUUUGGUGCACGAGCACUGGAGUGUUUACAAUUUUUCCUCACAACUGUGACUCUCUGCGACGCAUCUCGCUCUCUCACCCUCGUUUCUGAGGUGAAAUCACGUCAUUUUCACCGUGAGUCAAACGCUGUGAAUAAUGGAUGUGAGCGGAAGGAACAUCUUCCCGUGCGGAUUAACAGAACUCUGCCUCUCUCAUUGGAUUUUGCUCGUUUCCACUUUUAGAAAUCAUUUUCUUGGAAUAUGAUGUACAUGUG